CUCCCUAUUUCAUUGACCUUGGGUGCCAGUUUGCGGGUCGCGCCCCGAGCGUGCGCUGCGGCCGCUCGUUCCGUGGUUACACUAUUUAGAACAUUUUCUAACACAGUGCUUUAUUAAAAACGCUCUUCCAUAGCAAAUGGUACUGUAGAAUAUCAAAUGAGUGGUGUACAUUCCCGUAUUUUAUGGAUUUCAACAUAAAACAAGUACAAGCAAAGGAAGUUGCAAUUUUGUCAAAACAAAGACAAAUGCUCACUGAAGCCAAGUUGUUUAUAAGCGCCCGAGCAUGCGCCGACGGAAAUGCCUCGCUUCACUUCUCCAGUUACCUCUUUCCACACAAUACUGAAACAGUUUUUUACCAUUAGAUUUCUAAUCGUUAUCAGCUGUAUUAGUUUUAUUUUCUCAGUUCUCUGGAUUGAAUCCAUAAAGAGAAAGUAUUUGCCUUCCACCAAUGAAAUUAUUGUUCAAGAGGCCAUUGAAAAUGUGGCCAGAGAUAUUAGAUACUUUGACGUCUAUCGUAAGGUGGAAAACUUACCGAAACACCUCAAAUAUAUACUUCUGUGGACAUCAAAAGACUUUUCUCCGUUUUAUUUAUUUGGAAGUGGACAGCGUGGAUUCCUCAAUAAUAAUUGCUCGGUGAUAAACUGCUAUGUGACUGAUGAUAGGAAUUUAUUCAAUGGUGAUAUUACUAAAUUUGAUGCUAUAGCCUUCAACGGACGCAAUAUGAAAUAUUAUGAUUUACCUACAAAAAGAGCGCCACACCAAAAAUACAUUUACGUAAACAUGGAGUCCAAUGAUAACUAUCCUGUUUGCAAUGCGAAAUUUGAUAAUUUCUUUAAUUUAACCUCGACCUAUAGAUUAGAUUCCGAUAUUCCUUUGCCGUAUAUUUUAAUUAAAAAUUCAAACGGAGAUAUAGUUGGACCGAAGAUAGAUAUGGAAUGGGAUGAAGAUAUGACUGAUGUAGAUGAAGAAUUGCCUUAUAGAAUACAUAAUAAGAGCAAAGCGGUAGCUUGGUUUGUUUCACAUUGCACCAACAAAAAUGGUAGAUAUACGUUUGUGAAAAACUUGCGAAGGGCAUUGAACCCUUACGGUUUAGAUAUUGAUAUAUACGGGUCAUGUGGACAUUUGCAAUGUCCGAUAGAGCGUAAGUCAGAAUGUGAUAUUAUAUUAGAGAGGGACUAUUAUUUUUAUUUAUCAUUAGAGAAUUCGUUCGAUAAAGAUUACGUGACGGAGAAACUGUUAACUGCCUUGCAACAUGAUGUUGUACCCAUUGUCUACGGAGGUGCUAAUUAUUCAAGGUUUCUUCCACCAGGCUCGUACUUGGACGCCCGUCAGUAUAGCGUUCAGCGGCUAGCAGCAACCAUUGCACAGCUCAUCAACUCACCAAAGUUAUACCGUAGCUACUUCAGGUGGAAAUAUCACUACACGUACCACGAUCCUCAAGCCGUUGAAAAUGUAUGUGCCAUGUGUGCGGCGCUUAACAACAAAUUUAUUAUGCAAACACCAAAGGUAUAUAGAGAUUUUAGAACGUGGUGGAAUCCAGAUUAUGCGGAGCGUUGUCAUUUCUGGGCCGUUUUAGCAAGUAGCAUUUGAAAAAGUAUUUCUUUUUUUUUUUAAUGUAAGUGUUGCCACGUUUUCUAAUGACGAUUGUUUGCAAAUAAUCAUCUAAUUUUAUUUUUAUGCCAGCUACCUCUUAAUGUACGAACUGAUUUGAACGUAUUUAAUGCUUCUAAGCUAUUUUAAUUACUUUUUUUUUAGUUUAUAGUAGUAAAAAUGCAAUAACUAGUCCUCUAUUAUCAUUAAUAUAAUAUGAAAAGGUAGAAUAAUGAAAUUCAUUCUGUAAAUCAUAAUAAUAAAUAUAAAAAAUAAAAAGUUAUAUUAUAAAAUUUAAUACUAAUGUUACCUAUUAUUUUAUUAUUACUUUUUUUUUAUUACUUUUAUUUAUUAUCGGCUUUAUAAAUUAGUAGUAAUAUUUAAUUUUGAAAAUUGUCAUAUAUAUAUAUUAUACGUCAUAGAAUAUUAUUUAUAAAUUUAUUUAUAUAUUAUCACGCCAAGUCCUUUUGGGGAAUAAGCAGAGAGAACCAUAUAUAUAUCUCUUGUUUUUCACCCAUUACUCGUUUUAUGAUACUACGGAUAUUUACGGGUUUUGGCUGAUUUAUAACAACACCUUCACGCUAAAAAUGGUCAGUGGAUGUAAACCAACAAGAUUAGAAUAUUAUUUUUAUAAUAUUAUAAGAGUUCAUAGACAUGACUCAUCUAUACUAAUUUUUUUCCUAUAUAUUAAUCGUUGAUAUUAAUUAUAAUAAUAAAAAAUAAUAUUAAAAAAAACAUAUAUAGUAAUUACAUAGUGUUGUUUUACCUUUUAUUUUUAUAUUUACUUAGUGAUUCCUAACAAGUUGGUAAUGUCAGCCGAUUUGGAUCUAAAUAUCUCAUAUUAAAAGCGUUUAUUGAUUAAAUUAUUUAUUUAUUGCUCAAACUUACUGUAAGAAGUUAUUUUAUAUGAUACAACCCAUUAAAAUCGAUACAUGUAGACAAGUAAUUAGCAAAAAUGCACUUCUAUGUUUAUGUUAGUAUUUUUAAAACAAUUCACAUAACUAUUUGUUUCAUAAAUAGUUUUUAUUUUUGUUUUUAAUUUUAUUACGUACUAAUGUUGAUUACAUUACGCAUUAAUGUAGGUACGUAACAAUUCUAAUUAUAUUAUUAUCUUUAAAAUUUAAUUUUAAAUAAUGAAGUUUUCUAUUAAUGGCCUAAAGAGGAGUUGUAUUAUAUUGUAUUAUAUUUUUUUAUUAUUUAUUUUAUUAUUUAUUGUUGCAUUUAAACUACAUUGCCAAAUAGAUUUUAAAUAGAGUGAUGAGUAAUGCAUAGAAUGAUAACAUACUUUAUAUAUACAAAUUAACAAACGAUUUUCCCAUUUUUUUUACUUAUUAAUAUUAAUAUUGAUACAAGUCAGUAGAGUCCAUUCUAUAAAUGUUUAAAUUAAAAUUUAAUGGACGCAAUUAGUACUAUGCGUAUGUGUUGAAACAAGUUUAAAACUAAUCGACCAUUCCAAAAAAAAUAUAUGAAAAUCAAAUUGGUUUUUCUUAUAAAUGAAACAACUAGGACACAUAAAUAUUUAUAUGAAUUAAAAAAUACUAAUGUAGGUUUAUUACAAGUCACUACCAACACUGUAAUUGGUUAAAUAAUAUUGUCAGUUAACAAGGAUACCAAAUUUGUGAGGCAAAGUUUUCUGUCUUAAUUGCAAACUAUUACAAAUUUAGAGUUUUAUUAAUCUUCACAUCAUUUUAAUAUGUAUUAUUUAGUUGUUUAUUUUAUAAAAAUAUUUAAUACUUAACUAUUUAUAUAAAAUAAUAAUAAUAAAUAAUAAAACAACAGAAUGUGUUAUGUAGAAAAUACCAAAAUACUUAUUGUAUUUAUUAAAUGCAUUUAUAAAAUAUUUUUUAAGUAUUUUAUUGUACUUAAAUUUUGAGUUUAGGCUAAUAGUUAUCAUAAUCGUUUAUUUAACUCAUUACAUUCUUUAUGCAAUAAAAUAUUGUUUAUUAAUUUAUUGAUUUUUAACUCAUAAAUAAUAAUAAAAAAUAUUAGUCGCAAGAGUUACUUCCGAACGAGAAUCUCAACGCAAUAAUUUUUACAAGUUUUGUCACAAUUUUUAAAAUUAUCUUGUAUAGGAUUAGAUCAAUUAAGUAACAUACUUUGAAGUCUUAUUGAAGUGUAGUCAUUAAAAAUAGUGUUGCAGUAUUAUAUUCCAUACAUAUUCAUAUACAAACAUGUAAAAGAACAUACAAACUGUAUAAAGUUUUAGUUUUCUCCGUACGAUGUAAAUUUAAUUAUUAUUUACGUUAUUAAUUAUAAAAAAUCAUAAUAGGUUCUGUAUUGUUAUUGGAAAGACUUUUAAUUUUUUAUUUGUAAGCUAUUGAAAAAUGAUGAAUUAAAAAUUUGUUUUUACAAUAAAAUAUUGUUACAUGUGUUUGCAAAAAUUGUAGAUUCGUACUCAUUUGAAAUUGGUUCGUUACUAUGGGGCAAAUUUUAGCCUAAACAUAAUAUUAGAGAGCUGGUAAAAAAAAUUUUUAAAUUCAAAAUAUAAUAAAUAUAUAUUAUAUAAUGUUAUAAAAUUAUAAAUGUGAUGUGGCACAUCGAUAAUGUAUACCCGUUUGUUAUAAAUAUCUUAGUGUAGAUGGAAUAGAUAGAGUAAAUACUAAAAUUUGGGAUAUUUAAUAUACAUAGGUAGCUAAUUUUCCUGGAUAAACGAUUCACGUAAUUAUAUUAAAUUUUAUUUGUUUUUGUACAUUAUUUUUGUUAACAUCAAUCUCAUUGGUUUUAUUUAUAGUUUAAAAUGGUCAAUUUAUAGUUUAAAAAAUAUUCUGUUAUUAUAAUUGUAAAUUAUAAUAAAUAUAUCUGUAACGUCUCUUUAUAGGCUUCCUCUGAAUUUAUAGUGAUAGAUUUAAACGUGUAUUUUAUGUAUUAUACUUAUAUAUAUUAGGCAACUGUUAAAAUUAUGCCUUAAACAUCGUUGUUGUUAAUGAAGUGUUAUUAAUUAAUAUAUCAAUAAAGGAAUAUGAUAUAAA